GCACCCACUCGAAAAUUUUCCAUCCACCUCUACAAAGAAAAAUUAAAUGCUUUCAUACUACUUUUACUAGUAACAACUUUCUUGAUACUUCAGUCAGAUAAUAACCAUUAAAGAUGAUUGAACCAUCAUUAAAGGCUUUAGCUUCCAAAUAUAACUGUGAAAAGUCUAUCUGUCGUAAAUGUUACGCCAGAUUACCACCAAGAGCCACUAACUGUCGUAAGAGAAAGUGUGGACACACUAAUCAAUUAAGACCAAAGAAGAAGUUAAAGUAAACUAUUCAACCUUACAUUCAGCAUAUUUCAUGGUAUAUUCUUUUAUUAAUUCCAUUCCUGUUCAUUUAAUGAUAAUGAAAAUGAAAAAGAAUAAUUAUUUCGUUAAAUUCCAAUAGAUGAUAUAUGGGUUUUACAUUGUGAAUAUUAUUGAUGAAAGAAUUGUAUUUAGCUUAGUAUGUUCAUUUUAAUAUAAAAUCUUACGUUAUA